ACUUUGGAUUGCAACACAAAUAUAUCCUGUUGAAUGAAUAGCAUACUGUAUAUACUGGUGGCCAAAUGUAUUGGCACCCCUGCAAUUCUGUCAGAUAAUUCUCAAUUUCUCUCAGAAAAUUAUUGCAAUUACAAAUGCUUUGGUAGUAAUAUCUUCAUUGAUUUUGCUUGCAAUGGAAAACACAAAAGAGAAUGGGGAAAAAAAUUCAAUCAUAAUCAUUUUACACAAAACUCCAAAAAUGGGCCGGACAAUAGUAGUUGCACCGUUUGAAAAAUCAUGUGAUGCUUCUCUAAUUUGUGUAAUUACAGCACCUGUUACUUACCUGAGGCACAUAACAGAUGGUGGCAAUAACUAUCACACUUGUAGCCAGUUAAAAGGGAGUAAAGUUGACACAACUUCUGUCCUGUGUCCUUGUGUAUACCACAUUGAGCCUGGAGAAAAGUAAGAAGACCAAAGAACUGUCUGAGGACUUGAGAAGCAAAAUUGUGAGGAAGCAUGGGCAAUCUCAAGACUACAAGUCCAUGUCCAAAGACCUCAAUGUUCCUGUGUCUACCGUGCGCAGUGUCAUUAAUAAAUAUCAAGCCUGUGGCACUGUGGCUAGCCUCCCUAGAUGUGGACAGAAAGGAAAAAUUGACGAGAGAUUUCAACAAGAUUGUGCGUACGGUGGAUAAAGAACCUCGACUAACAUCCAAACAUGUUCAAGCUGUCCUGCAGUCUGAUGGUACAACAGUGUCAACCCGUACUAUCCGUCGGCGUCUGAAUGAAAAGGGACUCUAUGGCAGGAUACCCAGGAAGACUCCACUUCUGACCCAGAGACAUACAAAAGCCAGGUUGGAAUUUGCCAAAACCUACUUGAGAAAGCCAAAAACGUUUUGGAUGAAUGUUUUCUGGUCAGAUGAGACAAAAGUAGAGUUUUUUGGGAAAAGGCAUCAACAGAGAGUUAACAGGGGAAAAAAAAGACGAGGCCUUCAGAGAAAGAACACGGUCCACACAGUCAAACAUGGCUGAGGUUCCCAGAUGUUUUGGGCUUGCUUUGCUGCCUCUGGCACUGGACUGCUUGACCGUGUGCAUGAAGUCUGAAGACUACCAACAAAUUUUUGCAGCAUAAUAUAGGGCUCAGUGUGAGAAAUCUGAGUCUUCCAGCAGGAUGAUGACCCAAAACACACUUCAAAAAGCACUAGAAAAUGGUUCCAGAGAAAGCACUGGAGACUUCUCAAGUGGCCAGCAAUGAGUCCAGACAUGAAUCUCAUAAAACACCUGUGGAGUGAUCUGAAAAUGGCAGUUAGGAGAAGGCACCCUUCAAAUCUGAGAACUGGAGCAGUUGGCCAAAGAAGAAUGGUCUAAAAUUCCAGCAGAGCAUUUUAAGAAACUCAUUGAUGGAUACCGGAAGCGUUUGUUCGCAGUUAUUUUGUCUAAAGGUUGUGCUACCAAGUAUUAGGCUGAGUGUGCCAAUACUUUUGUCCGGCCCAUUUUUGGAGUUUUGUGUUAAAUGAUAAUGAUAUAAUUUUUUUUUCUCUUUUGUGUUUUUUCAUUGCAAGCUAAAUAAAUGAAAAUAUUACUUAAUACUAAAGCAUUUGUAAUUGCAAUCAUGUUCUGGGAGAAAUUGACCAUUAUCUGACAGAAUUGCAGGGGUGCCAAUAUUUUUGGCCAGCAGUGUAUGUAUGAAAGGAUUCUUUGUUGGUACACAUGGCUAACAUACGAAGAUUUAAAGAAAAAAUAUUUAGGAGUUAAUAAUGGUAAAAGGACUUGUACAGUGCUAUAUAUCCUACCCACCGACGUCACAAAACCACGUGCUCGCUGUAUGGUUCCGCCCACUUGUCCGUCAUUUUGUCUCUGUAUUAGCAUUGGUUUCAAUUGAUCGAGGAAUUUAAAAUGCAUUUAAUGGAAGACCCGGUGCUUUCUGAUGCCGUAAACUCACUGGAUGUGUUGCAUAAAAGGCGUUAUGUGGAAAAGCUUCGUUCUAUACAGUCGCCAGAUCCAUAUUUGAUGCCUAAAUCGAUGAUUUUUGACCGGCUGCCUUCGCCGUCUCUGCCUGACCCUGAUAUUUACAACUAUCUUGUCCACACAAAAUCAGCCUAUUCUCACGAAAGUUUGAAAAACUUAAGAGCUUGGAGGCUUAUAAAUGCUACGUUGCUGGUUGGGUGAAACAGGUCCUCGUACACGAAAAUUCGGCAGGAAUCUUGUGCUCGGAAGGUGAGUUACGAAAUUUUCAAUUCAAAAUCUUUUGUUCUUGCUAACAUCCACUGUCAAGUCUAAUGUAUUUCAUGUCAUUUGUCAAUGGAGCUAGGGCUUUUAAUGUUUAUAUGGUUUAGCGAUAGCACUUUACUACAUACAUACGUGUAUGUUGUCGGCGAUUAGCCUAGCAAUGAUCUUAAUUGUGGUUGUCAGCCCAAAACCCUCUAAAUAUAUAUUAAAUGCAUCUUACCAGAUAUAAAAUGACUACUACAUAAUCUGUGGUAAUCGUUUGGAGCCCAGUUUUCUCGUCGAAUUGCAGCAGCCCAUCUCGCUCUCUCCUCUCCGUGUCUCUCGGAAUCCGGUAGAACUUCAAGUCUCUCCGUCUAUCUUCUCUGUUAUUGCAACCGACCGCCACACACGCCUUCACCAUUUUGAUUAUUAAUGUUAACGAGCAGAAAAACACGCCGUAAAUAGGAGGAAUGUACGUAGCCGUAACAGGUCAACACGAUGUGUUGACGGACAAGUGGGCGGCACCAGUCAGGAGAGCGGAGUUGUGACGUCACGUGGGUAGGGUCUAUUCCACCGCCAAGGCACUCAAAGCACUUUGACACUUUAUCUUUAUUGAACAUGGGUCAGUCGCUCCUAAGGGAUGGGCGGACGCCAUUUUGAAGCGCGGGGUGAUGGCAUACGUUGCCCCUAGCCGAUCGAAAAGGAGUCGGGUUCAGAUACCCGAACCUGGAGGGGAAGAGAUGGUCGCCCCACAUUGCCCUAUAAAUAUGUUUUCCAACAAUUAAGUGAAUUUGGAUACAUGUGGCAGGGAAUCCUUUGCUUAAAGCAACACUAGGUAACUUUUUAACCUUUAUAAAAUAUUUUCAUAACAUUUGUAAUGAUAUGUCGACUGACAACUAGUUGAAUAACACCUCUUUUUUAUGUGUUGAGUUCUGUAUCGCUUUCACCGGCACUAAUUCACUUUAAGGCGGGUGGCAGGAACCCUGCCAUACAAAAAAAUACAAAUGUGCUGACCCGGAUAUACAGAAUAAACAUUAACCUGGCUUUCACUUGCUGGCGUGACACCAUCAACCAAACUCGUUUGCGCUGACGAAUUCGGGUGAGGUGGGGGGGUUAGCCACAUGGUUGCUAACCGUCAUAUGCUAUUGUUUAGCCACAACUGGUUUCAUUACCUUAUUACUGUUCAUCCUUCACACAGCCGCUGGUAACAGAAAUGUUGUUUAAUCCAUCUGCAGGCGACCGGAAGAUCAUGAUUUUUUGACUAUGCCUGUGUGGGCUGGUCCUCAUGGGAAAUACAGUCUUCCUUAUGGCAAAACACUACCGCUUUUGUCCACCGGCGUCGCUAAUAUUGACCAAAACUAAAAAGUUACCUAGUGUUGCUUUAACAUAGUCACCAUCACUAGUGACACACACAAAAAAGCACAUUCAAAAUGUAAAAGGUUACGUAAACCAUUCUGGAAUAAAUAUUUGUUCCAGCGUGCUUGGACUGCUAAACUGAUCGUUUCCUGUUUUGAGUGGAUUUUACAGGAUGUGUACAGUUUCUUUUCUCUCUUAACAAGUUUUCGGGAAAUCAAUGAGAAUUUUUUUUUUUUUUUUUUUCUGUAUUGGAUUAAUUCCAUUUCACACCGUUUACAAGAGUUUUCCAUUUUGGGCAUUUUUAAACAAGAUAUAUGAUCAUUUGAUCGCUUGCAUUGGUCGUCUGUCGACGUGAUCACAUGAUCACUCAAUGCCAGUAUGAAUGGAUUUGAUGUCUAUCACUGUCAAUGACAGUGACUGAAUUUCGCUGUACCAAUCCAAUUGAAUUUUUGGGGAAAUUUCCCUCUAUUUUUAUUGGUUUUGUCACUGGAGAGAUUCUUAGGUAACACUUCCAUUAUGACCUCAGCAUUCCUUAAACCUCCAUAAUGACAUUGUUAUUCAAAGGGACACACCUUGCUUACAACCCAUCUCACCCAUUUGGUGGUGAGUCAUGACAGCCUACAAUUAAGUGUUAAGGUGUGUCAAGUUCAUUACUAGCCACCUGGUGCGUUAUAUAUUUGGACAAAAUGGCGGCAACAUGUGAAGACCUGCUCUCGUGGAUUGUUUGACAAAAAGGUCAAGUGUGGUCAAUUUGACCACUGUCCCUGAAAGGGUUAAAGCCGAGAAACGAUUCGUUGGCUGUCACAAUCCAGUCAUUCCCGUUAGCCCAGUUUUCAGAGCGCGCAGGUAGGCGCAGGUGAAAGUCGCGUAGACGGAGGGAGGAAACAACCCAGCCAGACGGAAGGAAUUGAAUGCAAACCCAACGUGACAGUCCAACACGUAAUGGAUACAAUCACACUCAAGCUGAACUGGCAAUGACCGACCCAGUCCCCGGACUUCCCCUAAAACAUCAAGUCAUCCCCUUUGGAGAGCAUUGACACCUAUCAGCAAUGGAUGCAGCUUCAGUACAGUCAAGUGAUGGAGGGGAUAUGGACCUCACGGAGCCAGAGAGCAACACUGAAACCCCAGCAGACUUCAGUUUUUUCCACAAGUUGUCACCUGAAAUAGUCAAGUUCUACACUUAUAGCCAUCGGAUGCACAAAAGACAGAAAGUUGUGAGCUCCUAUUCAACUGUGACUAAGGGAGCGUCCUCAUCAUCCAAACCCAGAGCUGCACUUAAACAAGUUUUUCUCAAUCAGGGUGUGGUUGACAGGAACCUGACAACAGAGGAGAAGAAUCAGUUGGACGUGUUGAAGCUGGAGCUGGAGGCCUUCGCUGUGCCUGUCAGCCUGAGGUGGAGAUGGAGAGAGGAGAAACGUGGAAGCCUGCUGGAGAGGAACUGGACCGACAUUGUCAAGUCUCACUCUACCAUGUCUCGGAUGCAAAGGCACCAACAGGAAGCAAUGUGGGAGUUUGUGCUCACCGAACUCAACUACAUCAACAAACUCAUUAUUACCAAGGAUUUGGCUAUCUCAGCUCUGGUCAACAUGCGCCUUCGUGGCUUCCUCCAGGAGGUGACCCCCGAGCUACUUUUCUCCAACCUUCCUACCAUCCUCAGUGCACACCAGCUGUUCUGGCAGGAAGUGAUUUAUCCCAUGUUAGAACUAGUGCGCUUGACAGGCAAACCUUUUAACCCAAUACAAAUGGAGGCGGGCUUCCUCCAGUUUAGUGAACGCUUCUCUUCGUACUACCAUUACUGUGCCGAAGAAGAAAAUAGCUUUGAGUUUGCACGCCAACAGAUGGAAAGCAACCCACAAUUCGUCACAUUCGUGCAGUGGCUUGAGACCCAUCCGCAGGGCGCACGGAUGCGCUUGGGUGAAAUGCAGGCCAAACCCCACCAGAGAAUCACCAAGUACUCCCUUCUUCUCAAGGCGCUGCUCAAGACCACCCUUGACCCUCAUGCACAACGCAGCCUCCAAAGCAUGUUAUCAAGCGUGAACAGUUUUCUGGAGCGUAUCAACGAAUACUUGAGGCGGAAGGACGAGGACGUGGCGCUCUCUAUGUCCGCCCAGCGGGUGGAGGGAUACCAGAUAGAGGGAAUAAACGAGGAAAUUGACAAGUACGUUCGAGAGAUCUGCCAGUUCGACCUGACGUGUCCAAUGAGAGGAGUUAGCCGUGGCAUCGUACGCAAGCUGCUCCUAGAGGAAAACCUGAAAAUCCGCGGUAGAAAAGACAGCAAGCUGGAAGUGGUGAUUCUCUUGUUCUCCGAUGUGUUGCUCGUGACCAAAGUGCAGAAGAAAGAUGAGAGACUGAAGGUGGUCCGGCCUCCUUUAGCCCUUGACAGAAUGCACUGUAUCGCACUGAAGGAUAACUGUUCUUUUCUUCUGGUGGAGGUGGGAGAACUAUUGUGUCCUGUCAAUGUUUACACAUUUACAGCAAGUACCGCUGAAAGCUGCUCGACUUGGGUGUCCACCAUUCAACAAGCACAGGUAACACUGAGAAAUUUGAGGGAGGCGAACAAAAGAUCCACCGAGGCUGAAAGAACAAGUAACACGGAUCCGAUCAAACAAGCUCUUAUCUCUGAAAAACAGACUUUGGUGGACAAUGCCGCCUUUGAACGCUUAGUCACUCAGUUGGCAAAUGGUCCUAAUGCAACUGAAAACAAUCACAUUGAAGGAUCAAGUCAGAGAUUUGCCACCAAAGACCAUGAAUUUAGGAUCAAUCCAGCUGAGGAAUUGAGUCAGUCUUUAGGAAACGGUCUGAUCCAUACGGAUCACUCUGGUGCUUCUGUAAAGAAAGAGGAUCCAUUACGAGGAACCACCAGCAGCCUGUAUAAUCUGGUACCAGGUGGCUAUCCGGAUGUCGACUACCCAACAGUAGAACUGACACAACCACCCAAGGUGAGAAACCAGAGUCCUACAAACCUUAUAGGCACAGCGUUACAACCUGAGACCAAAGUCUUGCCAAAGUCUCCAAUUUUAAGAAGGGCCCAUCAGAGCCCUUCAGUUCAAAUGGUGCCCAAUUCAAGAUGGUCGCAAUCAAACACCUCAUCGUCCAACUCUGACUCUGAGUGCAGCCUGAAUACCAAGAACUCUAACAUCGUGCUUACACUGAGCGCCCUGAAGCCCACCAAGGGGACCUUUUGGAAUAACGAUCCCAGAGCCUCGUCAGACACUGAGGUCUAUUCCGAACCAGAGUUGACGGUUCUUAACUCUGAGACUAAAAAACCCAGACUGAAAACCCAGAGGAGUGUUUCCAAUCUAAAUGAGGAACAACGAUUUCACUAUCAGGACAACUCUUCUGGAGGAUCUGCAUCCCCCGCCACAGUCGAGAAUCUUUUGCAAAGAGCAAAAGGAAGAGCGCGAGAUCGAGAUACGAGCAACGAAAGCGGGCAACUCUCACAUCUGCAACUUCCUGCUCCUCUGCUGACAUCCUCUUCUCCGUCUACGAGCGACGGAGACAGAGAUGAGAUAGAGGAGUUUUGGCCCUCUUUAGAGGCACUAAAGGUGAGUGAAGGAUGGAGGGAGCAGCCAGUAGACAACGACAGCGACAAGCUGGACAGUCCUCUGUUUACAAAUGGCAUCAACGUGGACUGGCCCGGCUGGUGUUUACAGGACGAAGAGUUGACGGAUUGUGUGAAACCAGAGACUAAAGGUCUACUGGACGGCAUUGAACAGUCUUUGACAAUGGGGAAUCUUUCCGAGCAGGAAGACAACUAUUGGAGUGAAGUGUGAGCGGUUUGCCAAAAGCACCACUUGUUACAAGACAUAACUUCACUUUUUCCCAUUAGGUUUACUUUUUGAAGCAGUUUUGGGUGUAAAUUCAUUUAACUUAUUUAAAUUGGUAUGUCUUGUCAUUUUGUAAAUAUAGUUUUUUUUUUAAAUGAGUCACAUCAUCCCAACGCAAAACUUUUUUAACUAUGUAACAAAUUAUAGAUAUUUAAAAUGUGAAAAGGUUAAAAAAAAAAAAAAAAAAAGUUGUGCGGGUCUUAAGGGUUUCCUUUCUUCAUUUGAUUGUGUUCUCUUGCCUCACGUUCACUAGUCUUCAUGAAGAGAAUAGAUUCCAGUGUGAUGAACUGAAGGAUUCUUUUUCUCUGAAUAAGAGAAAGGCAGAAAACCGUCAAAAAUUAGGUUACCGGUACUUUAAAUUUCAAGAAAUAUUCUCAAUGUUUUCAUUGUAUUCAGCUAAUCCUGAAACAUUUCUGACAUAAGCUUUCUUUCUUUGACGAGGAUGUGGAUGAAUACAUUUCUACUUUUAUUUCAUGACAUAAGAUUUACAUUUAAACUGUCGUCUUUUUCAUAUUCAACAAAAUUAAAGGCGAAAAAAAAAACAUGCUGUCCUUAAAUCUCAAUUCUUGUCUUACCCUCUGAUGAUUUUUGUAUGUCUGAGCCAAAAACAAAAGCAGAAGAACCAGCAGAGCACUAGCACUAAGUGCAACAGGAGUGAUAUACGACGAGCCUGCUGAGUCACUCACAUCAUCAUCAACAACAUCAUCUGUG